CAAAAUCCGUUGGAAAUGUGGCAUUCAUAAAAGUAGUUGCAAACUGUUUCACGGUUGUGGUUUCGCUUCCGCUUUGGGGAUUGCAAUUCAAAAAGGUUUCAAUUUCUCCCAACGUUUCUUUAUAAGAUGAGUCGGAAGGGAAUAAAAUUAAAAUAAGACGAGAGCUGAGAGUUGUAAAACGACUUCGUAAUGCUUGUGCAUCGAGGCACAGAUGAAAGCCACCAACUGCUAGUAGUGGUUGUAGUUUAACGGACUAUUUUAUUCUGUGAAAGUGCAUUCUGGAGGAGCUUGAAAAUGCUCACUGAUUUUUUUUAUUUGAAGAAAAGAAAAUUAUUCAAGUGCUACUUGGAGCAGAGUGGAAAAGUAAAGCAACGCUGCGGAGAGUUGCAUUAAAAAGUUGGCUGUAAUUGAAAAGUGCAUAAUAAACAAAACAAGCAAGGUUCAUUACUGGGCAAAAUGCGGUCGUCUCUUUGAACCAGCGCAGAUGCAGAAAAGUGGCAUUUGCACAAUGUGGAAAAAUUAUAACCUUUUCUCGUUAGACCUCAUACAGUAUGCGAAGGCCAUGUGAGAGGAUAAACUAGUGGUGUAAAUUAUCUGAGUAUUCAACACCUCAUGUCACCAUCGUAUGGGCAUGAAUGGCCCAGCGAAAGAGGAUACACCAGAAGUUUCCCAUCCUUGGUGACCAUCAUCAUAAGGAAUAGUAUUUUUCCAUUCAUCAGCCGUUUGCAGCAUCCCAUCACUUGUGCAGUGUUAUAGCUAUAAAAAAAGAAAAUCCUAAGGAGAGCCGGACGUACAACAGUUCCGUUUCCGUUUGCAUCAUUUUUCAAAAAGUGCUGCUAGUGCCCUCUCCAGACAAAGUGAAAAUUAAUCUUCCGUUUCGGCGUGUGUAUGUGUCCGUUUAAUUCGCGUUGUAUCACCAGCACAGGGCAGCGACAGCCAACAAGCAGACAAGGUUGUGUGUUGUUACAUGGGACCAACUUGUUGCUCGGAAAAGUGCCAACCCGGGUGAAAGCUAAGCAACAGCAAAGUGCAGGAAAAUAGCUAGGAUCUAUACGUUUAGUACACUAGACUGAGGAUGGAACGUUGAACGUUGACAUCUGGUACCAGCAGGAAGAAGGACGAAGGAUACCUCAAGGUGCUUUUGUACUGCUCACGGUGGAGUUGUAAAAACAGAACAGAAAGGAAAAGCGGGAGGAAAACCAAAUCUGCUAAUCCAGUGAGCUGCUGAACGGCGACGUUCCAUUGGCUGCUCGGUCAUGAACGAAGGCAAAUAUUUACUGUAACGGAAAAUUUAUGGUAACGUCAUGUCCCACGACUGAAAUAAUCAAUAUGUCAAUUGACGCUGUCGUAGCUGGAGGAACUGGUGGUGAUGGGUCUAAUGUCUUCAGUCGAUUAUCGACAUCCGGUGCAGCGACACUGGGGACAAGUGGGACGGCUGGCGAGCAGCAGCACAAGCGGUACUACUUCGACGACAGUGAAGACGAAACCACGGCGUCGAAACAGCAAUUUUACAGCCUGCAUCAUCCCCAAAGCCAGCCAGGACCACUGUUGAUGGGAGAAAACAUCACGGCAGCAUCCAGCAUGUACUCCUCGCUGGACGCCAGCAUGUACAGUCCGAUAGAGACGGAAAAUGACACCGACUUUUAUUACGUGGGUGGUGGUCUCGGAUUUUCCGGUGGUCACAACGGCACGCUUCUACUCAACGGUGAAGACUAUCACAGUUGCAUGGGAAUGGAAGGAAAUGUUUCCUACUUGAACGUGUCGUGUGAGACUAUCCUCAACUACAGCAUCCCACUGUACGGCUACUGCACACCGAUCUUCAUCCUAAUUACACUGACUGCCAACUCUUUAAUCGUGAUUGUCCUGAGCAAACGCAGCAUGGCCUCUCCUACCAACUUUGUACUGAUGGCGAUGGCGCUUUGCGACAUGUUUACUCUGUUAUUUCCGGCACCCGGCCUACUGUACAUGUACACGUUCGGCAAUCAUUACAAGCCAUUAUCGCCCAUCGCCGCCUGCUAUGUGUGGAAUGCUCUGAAUGAGAUCCUUCCGGCAAUGUUCCACACGGCAUCGGUUUGGCUGACGUUGGCGCUUGCGGUGCAGAGGUACGUGUACGUCUGUCAUGCCCCAAUCGCCCGGACGUGGUGCACAAUCCCGAGGGUGAAAAAGUGUAUCGCCUACAUCUGUCUAGCUGCAUUAAUUCAUCAGAGCACCAGAUUUUUCGAUAAAUCCUACAGCCUGGUGCAGAUCGAAUGGAACGGGCAGCUAACCGAAGUGUGUCACACGGACACGGCCGGCUGGGUGCACGAUUACGUCGGAGAGGACUUUUACUACACGUUUUAUUUUUCGUUCCGAAUACUGUUCGUGCACCUGAUCCCGUGCGGCAGCCUGGUGGCGUUGAACGUUCUGCUGUUCAAAGCGAUGCGACAAGCCCAGCAAAAGCGCGAAAGGCUCUUCAAGGACACAGCAAAAAAACGCGAAUGUAAACGGCAGAGGGACUCUAACUGUACCACGCUUAUGCUCAUUGUCGUUGUAACUGUGUUCCUAAUCGUUGAAAUUCCACUCGGUGUGAUAACGGCCUUACACAUAAUUUCCUCGCUCAUCUACGAGUUUUUAGACUAUUACAUUGCAAACUUGUUUAUUCUUUUUGCAAACUUUUUUCUCAUCGUCAGUUACCCUAUCAAUUUUGCCAUUUACUGCGGGAUGUCACGCCAGUUUCGGGAGACCUUCAAGGAAAUCUUUGUCAAAUCUAGCAAACAAAUCCCAGGUGGCAGCAGCAAGAAAGACUGCGGAUCAUCGCGAUACUCCCUGGUCAACGGACCUCGAACAUUCACCAACGAGACGGUACUAUAACCUUAAGCUAACUCUCCAAGUGAAUUGAGAGACAAUGCGUCUCCAUCGAGUUCGAAAUAAAAGAAAAACACAAACAAAAAGUGAAUAUCGUACCACCCAUCCCUUAACCCCUCCAAAGAAAAAAAAAAAGCAUCGCGAAAACGAGGUUGAACCAACAUACAGAGCAAAGUCGUUUAGCUCACGCUCGCAGCUAAAGUAAAUAAGCAAGCUCAUUUGAAUAGAAAAUUCAGAGCCCGAUUUUCUAAUUCAAAUGAACAAAUAAUAACGUCUUAUCAUUUGCCAGGAGAAGGCCGCCGGAGAAAGCCGAAAACACUCAGCUCAGAACAGAGCAUGAAUGUGCCACCAUUUGUUGAUCAAAUAUAAAAAAUCUCCCUUUUCCGCUACAUCUCACUUUAGUCCUACCAUAGCUCCCAAAUUGAGUUGGCGCAAAGUUAAAUAUUCCUCCCCGGCAACGUUUAAAAUCAACACCAGCCCGAAGGUUUUGUUUCCAACGAAUACCACUUAAUCGAUUCGCGGUAACCGAAUUUAUAUUGACGGAUUAGCAACAUUCCCCGCCCAAAAGUCUAGACUUAACCUGGCAAUUUGAUUAGAACCGUGUCUCUACUAUCGAGAGAAAGGAGAGCAGAUAAAACGCAUAAUCAAACCGACCGACCGAAAAUCGAGGAGGAAAUUUUAAACAUUCUCCUCGAUUUUCGGGUCACACUCCUGAUUAGUAUAAUAAAAAAAAAAAACAAACGAUAAAAUCAACAGCCACAUCGAGACGAAGGAUGAUCAUGAUAAUGUGCUAGUCAAGAUUAAACAGUGAAUAGUUAUGUAGUAAAGGUUGAGAGUUUAUUUGAGCCGAGCCGAGUUAUUGAUUUUUUAAUGUAACUCAUAUUUUAGCUAUCAAACAAACUAAUAAAUUGGAGCAGUUAUAACUUUAAGCACUAAUUUCAAAAUAUUGAUAUAGGUUUCGUUAUCAACUUCAAGAAAAAAAUAAAAUCAAUAUUUUUAUGAAAUACAUGCAAAGCAACAGUUAAACUAAUAAAUAAAAUUUUAAACUCUUGUAAUCAUUUUUUAA